AUGGACUACGACCCUCUUCUUCUAACCGACGUCUCUCGCCAGCAGAACACCUCCAUUUCCAGUACCACUCACUCCGACUACUCGGUAUUGUGCUCGAAAUUGAAAAGCUUGACCAUGGUGGAUCCUGAUUCUUCUUCCUCCGAUGCAAAUCAAGAUUUUGCUAUGGAGAAUUGUUAUAGCCCAGAAGUUAUUAGCAACACAAAACUCAGGGAUUCAGCUGCAAAUGGCCAGGCCAUGGUCGGUUUUUCGCUUGCUUCUCCUGAGCUGGUUAUCUGUGCCGGGUCACCGGAUAUACCCCGAACCAGCUGUGUGGAGUCCCCCGAGAUCUUGGAGAGUAGGUGCCAUCAGAAGAUGGAUACUUCGAUGGAGCUCUCUUUUGAGAAUGGAAUCUGUGCGUCUCAGGUUAAAGAUACUAAUAGGACCCCAACUGUGAAGUUUUCCACCACAUUGUGCCAAACCUAUAAGGAGGAUCUGUCUCCUGAAGCUUCAUUUGAGCUUCUUCCUCCUACGGUGAUUGAGGACAAGUCGAAGGAAGAUCUACAUCUUGGUGUAAACAACAAUGUAGGUUGUACAGAUAACUUCCUGGGUCGCGAAUCACCUCAAGAUGAUGUGAAUGCCAUGUGUGAAGGAGACUAUCAGAAGUUGCUAAUAUGUUAUGAGAACCAGAGAAAGGAAUUAGCAGAGAUGAGGAGUGCAUUUGAGGAGCUCAAAAAGCAGAAUCAAUCCAAGAGCAGUGAAUGCCAAGAAGCUUUGAAGUCUUUAAAGGAUCUCCAAAAUGAACUCAUGCGCAAGUCAAUGCAUGUUGGAUCUUUGGCUUUUGCCAUUGAGGGACAGGUGAAAGAGAAAAGCAAAUGGUUUUCAUCGUUGAGAGAUUUGACAAGAAAACUUAAGAUUAUGAAGAUGGACCACAUUAAGCUAUCAGAGGAGGCAUCGGCAUAUAAGAAAUGUCUUGCAGAUAUGAAUGAAAUGAGGUCUAUUAUUAAUUCCACUUUAAAUCAGCAUGCAAGUUUGCAUAAUGAUCUGAAGACAAAGUUUAUUGAAGGUGCCAAAGAGCGUAAAGAACUCUACAACAAGGUGCUAGAAUUGAAAGGAAACAUAAGGGUCUUUUGCAGGUGCAGGCCUCUAAACACCGAAGAAGUUGCAGCAGGAGCUUCAAUGGCUAUUGAUUUUGAAUCUGAGAAAGAAGGUGAGCUUACUGUCAAGUCAAAUGGGCUUACAAGAAGGACCUUUAAGUUUGAUGCAGUAUUCGGCCCUCAAGCAGACCAAGCUGAUGUUUUCGAAGACACGGCUCCAUUUGCAACCUCAGUUUUAGAUGGAUACAAUGUCUGCAUAUUUGCUUACGGGCAAACUGGAAGUGGAAAAACCUUUACGAUGGAGGGAACAGAAGAAUCUCGGGGAGUCAAUUUUAGGACUCUUGAGCAACUUUUUUGUAUAAUCAAAGAGCGAGAAAAGUUGCACAGAUAUGAUGUGUCUGUUAGUGUUUUAGAAGUGUACAAUGAGCAAAUACGGGAUCUACUUGUUCCUGGGAAUCAGGCAGGAGCAGCUGCCAAAAGGCUUGAAAUUAGACAAGCUGGAGAAGGGACACAUCAUGUUCCAGGACUUGUUGAGGCACAUGUGAACAACAUGAGUGAAGUCUGGGAAGUUCUCCAAACUGGCAGUAAUGCAAGGGCUGUUGGCUCAACCAAUGCCAAUGAGCAUAGUAGCCGAUCACACUGCAUACACUGUGUAAUGGUGAAGGGGGAGAACUUGUUGAGUGGGGAAAGCACAAGAAGCAAGCUCUGGUUGGUGGAUCUAGCAGGGAGUGAGCGUAUAGCAAAGACUGAAGUGCAAGGAGAAAGACUCAAGGAAACUCAAAAUAUCAAUAGAUCUCUAUCUGCACUAGGUGAUGUCAUAUCGGCACUUGCAACUAAAAGCUCACACAUACCUUUCAGGAACUCCAAACUUACCCACUUGCUUCAAGACUCUCUAGGAGGAGACUCCAAGACGCUUAUGUUUCUUCAGAUUAGUCCUAAUGAAAAUGACUUGAGUGAGACCCUUUGCUCGCUGAACUUUGCAAGUAGAGUUAGAGGGAUAGAGUUGGGUCCUGCAAAGAGGCAGAUGGACACUUCUGAAGUUUUAAGAUACAAACAGAUGUUUGAGAAAACAAAGCUAGACAUAAAAAGCAAAGAUGUACAGAUAAGGAAGAUGGAGGAUACAGUCAAUGGGUUAGAACUGAAGAUAAGAGAGAGAGACCUGAAAAACAAAUGCCUGCAAGACAAGGUGAAAGAACUGGAAUCACAACUUUUAAUUGAGAGAAAGCUAGCACGCCAGCAUGUGGACACAAAAAUAGCUGAGCAGCACCUGCAGCAACUGAAACAUCAAGACGAGCAAACCACUGCACUUGCAAGACCACCUCUUACAAACCGACCAUUAACAACUCACAAGAUUCUCAAUGAGACAGCCAUUAAUACAUUGGGGAAGGACCACGUAAACCCCAUGCAACAACUAACUGAGAAGGCUAACAACAAAAUUCCAGUACCUACAAUGGAUGGUUUUGUCAAGUAUAUUGAUCCUAUAGAGAAAGAAAACAACCCGGACAUAGCUGACCAAUUUUUUCUACCGAAGAGAACUGGAAGAGCUUCUAUCUGCCCAACAUUUCAGCGGAUUCCUGCUACAUCUGCUGCAAGACGGAACUCUCUAAUCCCACUCCCAACUGUACCAAACCGCAUACAAUCCCCAAUGCCUGUAUUACCAUUAGCACCAAUAUCAGCAUACCAUGCUGAUAAGAAAGCUGAAAUGGAUUAUGUGUCUGAAAUUGAAUGCUUGCCGGAGCAGACGCCUUGUAGUAGUCCUAAAGUUACCAGAACUGGCGGCAAGAAGUUCAACAGUGUACUGAGACGAAGCAUCCAAAAGAAAGCUCAGAUGAAGUCCCCAUUGCCGCCGCACAUGAGAAAAGGUUUGAAUGUAGGGAUGGAGAAGGUUAGAGUAUCGAUUGGAAGUCGAGGCAGGAUGCCACACAGGGUGUUACUUGGAAAUGGUAGAAGGGCAGGAACUAAAGAAGGUCAGAAGCAGAUAAGGGAAAAGGAGAGGGGGUGGAAUACUGGUACUGCAGGGAGAAAUGCUAUUUAGAAGCUCAAUGGUGAUGGCUUGUAUGUAGUAUGUUCAGCUAUGGUCAUCAUAGAGGCUAAGUUCUUGUAGCCUCAGGCAUGCAACAUGGGUGGUUUUAUUCUUUGUUGAUGCUAACAAUUAAUUUGCUUACUUCUCAUAUUUAAUGGAUCUGCUAAUGCAUGUACAGAACUACAAAUUCAGUUUGGAAUGGUAUGAUGUGCUUUAUUGUG